CAGCCUCUCAGCAUCAGCACCAGACAUCAUCAUCAUCCUCCUCUUCCUCCUCCUCCACCUCCUCCUCCUCGCUCCUCUCUCCACUGCGGAUCCUCGGCCUGUUUUCUCCCGUAUCUCCUCCAGCGGCAGACCCCGGCUCGUCAUGGACAACUCCGGCAAAGAGAAGGAGGCCAUGCAGCUGAUGGCUGAAGCCGACAAGAAGGUCAAAAAUUCCGGAUCGUUCCUGGGAGGAAUGUUCGGGGGGAACCACAAGGUGGAGGAUGCUUGUGAAAUGUACGCCAGGGCAGCCAACAUGUUUAAGAUGGCAAAGAACUGGAGUGCUGCAGGCAAUGCGUUCUGUCAGGCCGCCCGGCUCCACAUGCAGCUCCAGAACAAACUGGACUCUGCCACCAGCUUCGUCGAUGCCGGCAACGCCUACAAGAAGGCCGACCCCCAGGAGGCCAUCAACUGUUUAAACCAGGCCAUUGACAUCUACACCGACAUGGGUCGUUUCACCAUCGCAGCCAAACAUCACAUCACUAUAGCGGAGGUUUAUGAAUCUGAGCUGGUUGAUAUUGAAAAGGGAAUUGCCCACUAUGAGCAGGCAGCAGAUUACUACAAGGGAGAAGAAUCUAACAGCUCGGCCAACAAAUGUCUCCUGAAGGUCGGACACUACAGCGCUCAGCUGGAGCAGUACCCCAAAGCUAUCGAAAUCUACGAACAGGUUGCUAUGAACACCAUGGACAAUCCUUUGUUGAAGUACAACGCUAAAGAGUAUUUCUUCAAGGCCUCGCUGUGUCACUUCAUAGUGGACGAACUGAACGCCAAGUUGGCCCUUGAGAGAUACGAGGAGAUGUUUCCAGCUUUCUCAGACUCCAGAGAGCUCAAACUGUUAAAGAAACUCCUAGAAGCCCACGAGGAGCAGAACUGCGAGGCGUUCACGGAGGCCGUCAAGGACUUCGACUCGGUGUCUCGUCUGGACCAGUGGCUGACCACCAUGCUGCUCCGCAUCAAGAAGACCAUCCAGGGAGACGCCGGGGACCUGAAAUAGACCCAUUUAAAGAGGGGGGGUGAAGGAGGGAGGGAGAGACAGGGCCAGAGAAGAUUAUGGCACAGGAGGGGGGGGCUAUUAAUUAAAGAGAAGGAAGGGAGGAGUAUGGGUAAGGAAAGACGUGCAAGGAGAAGAAAGGAUGAUUAUAAAGGAAUAAAGGAGGGACGGGUUGACUGAGGGAGUUUACAGCUGUAGAUAUGAGUCUGCAUGUGAAUCCCCCCCCCCCCCCCCCCCAGCAAUCUAAGCUUCACCUUUAAAACCACCGUGUCCCCCGUCCCCCUGCAGUAUUGCUCUCGUAACACUGGACAGAAAUGUACGUAAGAAAGAAUGGUAAAAAAAUUAUAAUAAAAGAAAACAAGUGUGUGCGUGAGAGAGAGAAAGUAUUUGUGGGGAAAGUGUGAGAUUUAUGGAUAUAUAUAUAUGUAAUUGAUAAAGGGAUAAUAAUGCUAUUUAAGAGAUACUUGAUAUUUAUUGUCAAUACUGACAAUAUGAUUUAUUGUAUAUUAUGGUGCUCAGUGUUACGGUUUGUCUUAAUAUGUUAGGUAUUAGCCCCUCUGCUCUCCUCUUCUCUUCCCCUUUGCUUCCUCUCCUCCAUCCUCCUCUUCUUCCUCUGUCUUCCCUCGUUCCUCUCCUCACUCCCCCGGCCCCAUCGGAUCAGUGAUAUCACCCAUCUGUGGUUCUUUGUGUUGAGGCCGACGGUCGGUCGGUGCAGUUCGCCACCGGCGCCGAGGCCCCGUCACCGCCUUGUUUGUGCAUGUCUGUUGUCGUGUGGAUUUAAGUGUUCUCCGUGUAUCGUGCUGACGUGUGAAGAACAUACAUGUAGGCUGGUAUCAUUUGCGUGAAAUCAGUAAAUAUGUACCUCAGAUACCGAGUUGAAAUUAAAAACACCAUCGUUCCA